GCGGCUAGUGGCGAUAUUCCCAUGCCCCAGGAAUCUUCUCAGCAACUCCUCGAGGAUAUGCGCAUGAAAUUCGAGAAGGAUAUCCUAGAACUACAGGAGGAGAUACCGGUCUCAGCCGUGAUGGUCUUACUCGUCCCAGACAAUGGGUACAUCGACAUGAACAACAUUGCGUCCGUUCCCGUCGAAGGGCACCCAUGCUUCCCAUCAUGGUUUGAGCAGCUUACUGAAUUCAACCAAAACCGGUGGUUGUCAAUCAUGGCGGCGUAUGAUUCCACCGAUGCAAUCAAUCUUGAACCGAGGAAGGACCACACAGUCAAGCGUCGGCCUGGCAAAGCCUCUCACUCAAAGGUGCGCAUGAAGAUGAAGACCAAUGAUUUGCCUUUGAAGAUUGCAGAUUUCGAUAUCAAGCACGGGAUGGGCGCCUCUGGAUGGCCUGGAGAGCCUUCCUGGAGAAAUAUCGCGCUCAAUAGAGAUAAAUAUUGGCCCCAAGAUACUCCCCAAUGGUGGGAAACCGGGGAUCCGAGCAAAAUCACUAUAGACAGUUGCUACAAGAUGCUGAACAAUAUGAUGGACGGCGUCAAGGGUACGAUUCCGGAGGAGGAGAUAAUUCGAUACCUUCAGUACAACCCCGAGCUUGUCAACACCAAGUCUGGUGCAAAGCCAUCCAGAACGAAGAAUGCCGUAGAAACUGUUGACAUUCCUGAAGGAAAUACGGAGAAUCCAACAGAGGAGGAUAACACUGAGAGUUUGACAGAGAGAAAGGACGGGAAGGGUGCAACGGGGAACCAGCGUUCUUCUGAGGAGAUGUUUGGAGAUCGCUCGAGCGCAAAGGACCAAUCCGCGCAUACCGCUAGUCACGACUCCACCUCCGGAACGGCCACCUGCGUUCAACCAUCUUCUAGUGAGAGAAAUUGGUGGGAGGAAGGCGCGAAGCACAAUUCUUCUACAGGAGAGACUGUCCUAGACCGCGUCACGCAGAGCGUGGAACAAUCUCUCUUGGAUGGGAACUCCAACAACCACGGGUCUCCUAUCAACACGAUGCAUUCAUCCCAUGAACCAGAAGCAGAUCAAUUGCGUGUCACACAGGAAGAUCGGACGGAAUCCCAAGUCGAUGUUCUGGCUUCUAACGAGAUGAAUCAUGACCCUAAGGUUGAAAAGGGGUCUUUGGGUCGAUUAACGAAGAAAAAGAGGAACGAAAGUGCUAAACAAGGUAAUGCAAAGUCUGUGACCUCCCGCAAGAGAACCGUCGAAGGUGAAGACAGUGUCGAGCCGCCAAUGAAACGGCAGAAAUUGGGCAAUAAUCCGAAUCAGCCUCAUGAUGUAAAUAAGCAAACGGGCUACCCGGGAAGUGUUGAGUGGGGUUCGUCACCUUCCUCGUCGGUGUUACAUAUUCGUAGUGAUGUCUCACUUGUAUCAUAUGAAUUUAUCAAUUAUAUUGCACUUUGCUGCUUAGAACAAUUGCUUAGUAAUGUUGCACAAGCUGUUAGGCCCCAAUUUGACGCUAAUAAGACCCCGACUAAGAUAACGAAAAUUCUCGAUUAUAAAACAACAGAGGGUAUCGCAGAGCUACAAGAAGAGAUAACGAUCUCGGCCGUGAUGGUCCUACUCACCCAGAUGAUAGAUGUUAUUAUGCUUUUCCAUCUCACAGUCUACCCUUCAUUGAACAGUCUCAUGGACGAGGAUACAAUAAGGAGUUAA